CCAAACAAAAAAACAAGCAGCUACUACAAUUAAAUAAAUUUUAUUGACGGAUACAGAUGAUUUAAGUAUAAAAAAUCCACAAUCAAAUAUGAGAAUGGUAACUUCAUAAUCAUAUGCAUUUGCUUCUAGAAAUUGCUGUGUAUAAAUGCAAAUGCAUGUGAAACUUACUCUUUUAAGUCACUUGAAAGUACAAAUUGAAACUUCCUAAAUAUUAAACCACCAAGUCUACCCACUGAAAAAUAUACAAUCUCAGACAAACUUCAAUACACUUCUUAUAAAUUUGAACUAAUAGAAAGAAAGCUGAAGGUAAAAAGAGUUCAACCACGAGACACAAAUUUGGGCAUUGAUGGAAAAUAAAGAAUUUUUAAGCGUCUAAAACAUAAAAAGAGUGUUCACAACUGAUGUAGAAUUAGCUAGUUUAAGAAUCAACAUUGUCAAAUUUAUCCACAUAAAAAUAUCUUAGAAGAAUGGAUAUGAGUUGUUAUUAUGUGUGCUCGAUGAGAACUUGCAUGUUGAGGAAGCUCGAAAUAUCAUCAAUUCCUUUAAUCCAUUCGACAUUAGGACCAAACUUGACUUGACUAUUCAAAUCCAGGGUAACAUGCACUCCAAGGCCAUCGACCACAGGUAUAGGAUAAAUCAAGUGCUUGAAAGGGGAUUUAGUGUUUGAAAGUGUGAAGUAGCAACCACGAGCAUAUUUAGAAGCAGGAAUAAUACUGUCGGGUAGACCUUUAAUUCGUUUUGCAAUGGCUGGAGCACUUAGGCCUGCAGAAUUAACUACAAGCUUUGGAAUAAUAAUUAGUUUAGAGUCUAAUUCAGUCUUCCCAUUCCAGUUUGCAAGGGCAUUGCUCCCAGAAACAACAAUAACAACACACCUAGUGAAUUCCCACCUAGUGGGGUCUGGAAUGGUAAAAUGUAGCAGUCCAUACCGCUACCUCCGAAGAAGUAGAGAGGAUGUUUCCAAUAGACCCUGGCUCAAGACUUAACUAGACAAAAAGCACCACUUAAAAUAUAAAUCACACAUUUCGAUGGAAAGUAAAGCAUUAAAACUUCAGAUAUAUUCUCUAAAACUAUGUUGAAGUCUAAGAACACUCCAAGUUGGGUUUUCUCCAAAAAAAAAAAAUAAAAAAUUGAAAGUUGGGAUUAACGACAAAUGCUAAAGAAGAAAAAACACACCAUUCCAGAAAUCUUUAAUAAAACACUUUUGAUGAGGAAAUUUAUUAACCAAACAUUAUAGAAACAAAAUUAAUGUUGAACAAUUAAGAUAUAUUUGUAAUACCUUAUAGUUUUAAUUAAUGAAGUGCUAAAACAUUUCAGUAAUGAGCGUAUCACAUUCUAGAUCCAGCAUGACAACACAUGACCUGACCUUGGCCACUGUCUCAAGGAUCAUCACCCUCUUAUUAUAUGAUAUUCUGGACUUGUCAUUUAAAUUCUUUAAGGAUGAUACAAUUAACUGAAAGACAUUAAUUUAAAUUUGAUUUCCUUCAAUAUGACCACCAAUAACAGCAGUAUUGUAAGAGAAAGUUGUCCCUUGAUUUUCAGCUUCGCCCUAAACCCAUGUUAUGGUCAUAGUCCUGUCAAUAUUACAUCAAUGAUUCUAAAAGGUAAAAAAAAAUAUUUGUAGAGCAAUUCUUUCCCUCCAACACAGAAAGAUGCUUGCGAUAAAAUUUGAAAGUUAAAGCUCAUGCGAGGAGCCUCCUUGCAGUUACUCCUCUAUAAUUUCAAGAAAAGAGAUCUACACGUGUUGGACAAAGAGUUUGCAUUGAAGUGAGAAAAGAUAAAAAUGAAUAUUGCCAAGUCAGCUAUCGCUAGUUUGCGUAGUAUUGUACAUUUAAUAUCACUGGAGCAUAUGCGCUGAUAUGCAUAGAAAUGUAAAUCAAGGUUUUUAAAAUUGAAUCCUGGGUGAACUCAAAGUUUAGCACUCAAAAUGUAGCACUAGAGUGUUCUUGAACUUGACUUGAAAUUCAAACAUCACAUAAAUGUACUCUAAUCAAGCUUAAGACAACUUGUUUCUCCAUGCUGCAUCCGAUUGUAUUUCCAGUUGUAGAUCUACAGGGUGGUAGUCCGUCCGGCCUUGCUGUAUGGAGCGGAGUGUUGGCCAGUUAAGAACUCCCACAUCCAAAAAAUGAAGGUGGCAGAAAUGCGGAUGUUGCGCUGGAUGUGUGGACUGACUAGAGGGGAUAGAGUUCGGAAUGAGACUAUCCGGGAGAAGGUUGGUGUGACUUCAGUGGAGUGCAAGAUGCGGGAAGCACGAUUGAGAUGGUUCGGACACGUGAAGAGGAGGGACAUGGAUGCCCCGGUCCGUAGGUGUGAGAGGCUAGCGUUGGAUGGUUUUAGGCGGGGUAGGGGUAGACCGAAGAAGUACUGGGGUGAGGUGAUUAGGCGGGACAUGGAACAGUUACAGCUCACCGAGGACAUGACCCUAGAUAGGAAGAUCUGGAAGACGCGAAUUACGGCAGAGGAUUAGGGCCAGUUUGGAUCGCUAGUGUAGGGAAUUACUUGGUGGGGGUUUUAUUCCUGUUAUGAUUCCGUGUUCCGUGUUCCAUGUUUUAUUACGAAUCUGUGUGCUUUCCUCUGCUUUCCUCUGUUUUAUAAUAUUUAUGGGUGCCGUAUUUAUGUUAUGUAAUCUGCUUCUGUGCUUUACUAUGUGUUUGUGUGGUAUCUCGUGCCUUGAGCCGGGGGUCUUUCGGAAACAGCCUUUCUACUUCAUCAGAGGUAGAGGUAUGGACUGCGUACAUCUUACCCCCCAGAUCCCACUAGGUGGGAAUACACUGGGUUUGUUGUUGUUAUUGUUGUUGAGAUGUAAAGAGGAAGAGAAUAACCAGUCCACUAGAACUCAACUUUCACCACCAAAGCAUAAGAGACACCAUUAUUUUCUCCUCUUCUAGAUAGCAGGGAAUACUUGGUUGUAUCAAAAUUCAAACUUCCCGUUUAUGUUCACUCAGUAAUUAUCCUCCAUUGUCCUUCUUGGCUGCAAAUAAAAAUAACGCAAACAACUGUAAUUGCCUCUCACUACAUUAAAUCGCUAAUAUUUAAGGUUCUAUACUUACGUUGAGCUUGGAAGGUUCAUUUGUAUGGCCAAAUCAGUAAGUGGACUCAAAAUGAUUUUUCUUACUUAAAACAGAAUUGAUUUGUAUCAUUUUUGGACCAAUCUUGAGAUGUUUGAGUAGCAUGAAAUGAAGUAGUUGAAUCCUGAGAAUCACUAUUCUUCUUGCAAGUUGUUUUAUUGUGACCAGUUUGCAAACACUUGCUACACCUUCCUAACUUUCCUUUCUUACUCAAUUUGGUAACAUCUAUGGUUACACCAUGCGUUUCACUUGAUGCAGACUGUUUUUUCUUUCUCUAUUUUCUGUUUUUUCAUCUCAACUGCUUUUCUCUUGGAGGCUUCAAUUUCAUCUGGUUCUUUUCUUCUAUUUUUGUCCAAUUUACCUUUCUUCGGCUCAUAGUUAGGAGGGUCAACGGGAAGUAGGCCAGUUGGUUCCCACAUAUCAGGUCCAUCCAUUGGAGCAAUCACCGGUUCAUAAAUUCUCAUUUGAGUAGCCUUGUUGUAACAAUCAUUUGUGAAAUUUUCCGGAUUCCCUCUAACAUGGAAGAUGCAGCUCACUGCAUGCGAGCAUGGAAUUCCUAUAAGGUCCCAUCCCCUGCAAGAACAGUAAAUGUUCUGAAAUUAAUAUCAUCGAAACUUGAGAACAAAAUUUGGAAUGUCAGCCGAGACUCUUGCACAAAGGGGAGGAGUUUUAACUGGAUAGACCCUACUUAUGAUAAAGUUAUCAGCAAUGUAACAUGUGACUGCUCAUUCAAUAGAAGCUUAGUUUGCCAUGUUGUAACAAUCCAAUUGAAGGGUCUUAAUAUGACAGGAAUUCUGCCUCCAGAAUUUUCAGAGCUUACUCAUCUGCGAGAAUUAGAUCUGUCUCGCAAUUUCUUAAAUGGAUCAAUUCCCUCAAGCUAUGGCCAGCUCCGGGUCACUAUUUUAUCACUCUUGGGUAACCGUAUCAGUGGGACGAUUCCCAAGGAGUUAGGUGACAUUGACACACUGGAGCAACUAAAUUUGGAAAAUAAUCUACUUGAAGGAGCUCUUCCUCCAAACCUUGGUAGUUUGAGUCGCCUGGCAAAAAUGUUCCUUUCUGCCAAUAAUCUCACAGGAACUAUACCUGAGAGCUUCAGCAAUCUUGAGAACAUGACAGACUUUAGGAUAGAUGGGACUAUGAUAUCUGGAACCAUACCAGAUUUUAUCGGCAGUUGGACCAAAAUGGAUAGAUUAGACAUUCAAGGAACAUUAAUGGAGGGACCUAUUCCUCCUACAAUAUCCCAGUUGAAAAACAUAACCGAGUUGAGAAUAUCUGAUUUGAGUGGAAAACCAAUGCAAUUCCCAAAUCUUGAAGGCUUGAUGAAUAUGAAAAGGCUGACUUUGAGAAAUUGCUCAAUUUUUGGUCCAAUUCCGAGAUAUAUAGGGGCCAUGCCUUUGAAACUUUUGGACCUAAGCAACAACAUGUUGAAUUUUACAAUCCCAGAUACAUUUCAGCAGUUGGAUUUUGAUUACAUGUUUCUUGGUAACAACACAUUAAGCGGAGAAAUUCCCAGAUGGAUGUUUAGCAGUAGAGAGAACAUUGAUAUAUCAUACAACAAUUUCUCACAAACAUCUGCUUCAGGAUGCCAGCCCUCUAACUUAAACUUAGCUUCCACCUAUUCAGGCACAUUGAACAAUUUCAACAACACGGAUGCCUGGUGUUCCAAGAAACCCCUCAUUUGUCCCACAGAAGCGAAAUAUCAUUCCCUAUUCAUAAACUGCGGAGGAACUAGAACUAAAUUUGGUGGAAAUGAUUAUGAGGAGGACUUGUCCAAUGGUGGUCCAUCAUAUUUCUUUUCGUCCUCCGAUAAAUGGGCUUUCAGCAGUUCAGGAGUGUACGUGGGUCUUUCAGCUGCCAAUUAUAUUGCAACAAAUAUAUUUAAACUGGAUGUGUCUGGUGCUGACUUUUACAAGACAGCACGCCUUGCCCCUAAUUCUCUCAAAUAUUAUGGGCUUUGCCUACGAGCUGGUAGCUACAAAGUGCGACUUCACUUUGCGGAAAUAAUGUUUUCUAAUGACUCAACAUAUAGCAGCCUUGGAAGGCGGAUAUUUGAUGUAGCAAUACAAGGAAAUGUAGUUUUGAAGGAUUUCAACAUCAUGGAGCAUGCCAACGGUGUUGGAAAAGGCAUUUUCAAGGACUUUGACGAUAUUUUUGUUAGUGGUACUCUGGAGAUUCAUUUGUAUUGGACCGGGAAGGGGACUAAUGCUAUUCCAGACAGAGGUGUAUAUGGACCAUUGAUUUCAGCUAUCACGGUUACACCAAACUAUGAUAUUAAUACAGGCCGCGGGUUACCUGUUGGAGCUGUUAUUGGCAUUGUACUCGCUUCAAUUGCUGUGGUUCUGAUAGUUUUAUUUGCUCUGUGGAAGAAAGGCAUUUUUGGAGGGAAAAAUAAUGAAGAAGAAUUAGAACUCAGAGCCCUCGAUUUACAAACAGGUCAUUUUAGACUUAGACAAAUUAAAGCUGCUACAAAUAACUUUGAUCCUGCCAACAAAAUAGGUGAAGGAGGGUUUGGACCAGUUUACAAGGGUGUACUCGCUGAUGGUGCUGUCAUAGCUGUUAAGCAGCUCUCUUCCAAGUCGAAGCAAGGAAAUCGUGAAUUUGUCAAUGAGAUAGGCAUGAUUUCAGCUCUACAACACCCAAACCUUGUCAAGCUUUAUGGUUGUUGUAUAGAAGGGAACCAGUUAUUGGUGAUAUAUGAAUACAUGGAAAAUAACUGUCUUGCUCGAGCUCUCUUUGGCCGUGAUGACCAGAGAUUGAACCUAGACUGGGCAACCAGAAAAAGGAUAUGCUCAGGAAUAGCAAGAGGGUUAGCUUACCUUCAUGAAGAAUCAAGAUUGAAAAUAGUCCACAGAGAUAUAAAGUGCACUAAUGUUCUUCUUGAUAAGGAUCUGAAUGCUAAGAUUUCAGAUUUUGGGUUGGCUAAAUUAGAUGAAGAAGAAAACACACAUAUUAGCACCCGAAUUGCUGGAACAGUAGGUUAUAUGGCUCCCGAGUAUGCAAUGAGAGGCUACUUGACAGAUAAAGCCGAUGUCUAUAGCUUUGGAGUUGUUGCAUUAGAAAUUGUCAGCGGAAAAAGCAACACAAACUACAGGCCAAAAGAGGAAUUUGUUUACCUUCUUGACUGGGCUUACGUCCUACAAGAACAGGGAAAUCUCUUAGAACUAGUGGAUCCACGUCUCGGUUCAAAAUACUCCAAAAAAGAGGCAGUGCGGAUGAUUAAUAUAGCUCUAGUGUGCACCAAUCCUUCUCCUACUCUUAGACCAUCCAUGUCCUCUGUCGUGAGUAUGCUCGAAGGAAAACUUCCGGUGCAAGCACCAAUAAUCAAGCGUACCACAUCAGAUGACGAAAUGAGAUUCAAAUCAUUUGAGAAGCUUUCAAAUGACAGUCAAACAACACAGGUUUCAACAUACUCUCAAGACAGUCAAGUGCAAAGUACGAAUGCACCUUGGAGCGAUUCCUCAGUCCAUAGUAAAGAGGAAAAUGGUACUUCCACAAGCAGGCUUCUUCCAGAUCUUUAUAAUGUAAACCUACUUGAUUGAGAAUUUUACAAGUAGCUUUUGAUUUCCAUCAUGUAAUUAUCUAACAGUAUUUUUUCAAUAGUUCAAAUACUUUUUGCUAUACUCCAGUUGCAACUCAAUUUUGCACUCUGAUAUUCUAGAAUUGAUAAAUUACUUUUUAUUAUACAUUUGAACUAAGUACUGAAACUAUGAUUGUAAAUAAUUAAUUUUUUGUCAGA